GGCUAAGAAAAGAAAAUGCAAAACUGCUUCUGGUCUCAAAUCUCACUCACAUUGAAACAGAAUCCUGAUAGAUUACAGAUUUGUAACCUUCAUUCCAAGUGUUUGCUGAUCAUCUACAAAUGGCGCUGUGGGCAACUUCUUGUUCGUCUUCUGAGAAGCUUUUCCUCGCAUCUUCAGCUGCAACAAGAAGAAAGAUGGGAAGCAGAAGAAGAGAUUUAGUUCAUGUUGGGAUGACAGACCAGGCUGAGACGGAGACUAUAUCAAUAGCCUACAAGGAGGGAGAUCGUGAAAGGCCUAAAUGGGCAGAUGAGACCCCUUUCUCUCGCCUUGUUGAAGCUCUCAUUUCAUUUAAGCCCUUUUACUCCCUGCUUAAGCUUGGUGCCCGACAAGUCCUUAUCAGUACAGCGGAGAGGAACAACAUUCCAUGGAGGGAGAUGACGAAGGAGAUUCUGGAAUCGGAUGUCUAUAAGGAGCUCAACACCAUUCAGAACACCUCUCUUCAAUACCCUGAUUAUUAUCUGAGUCCUUUUCAUGCAUAUGACGAGGGCAAUCUUUCAUGGCUGGCAGCAGCUGAAGCGGAGGUGGCAACCAUGUCUAUGACAAGACGAGCUAUUCCAUAUGCUCCAUCAAAUGAGGAAGCAACUCAAGAAAUGCGUGGGAAUUGGGUUCAAGCAAUCAAACAACAUCACAUGAAGCAUUCGGGAAAUGUCACGAUUCAAAAUAUUGUAGACAUUGGAUGUUCUGUUGGUGUGAGUACAAGAUUUCUUGCCGACGAGUUUCCUUCGGCUAAAGUCACUGGACUGGAUUUGUCACCCUACUUCCUUUCAGUAGCUCAAUAUAAGGAAAAGAAAAGACCCCCUCGAAAGAACCCCAUCAGAUGGAUACAUGCAGCCGGGGAAAACACUGGCUUGCCAUCCAAAUCCUUCGAUCUUGUUUCUUUUUCUUAUGUGUUCCAUGAAUGUCCUGAAAGAGCAAUAAUAGCUUUAGUGAAUGAAGCAUUCCGAUUGCUUAGACCUGGAGGCACACUUGCUAUAACCGACCAGGCGCCCAAGUCUAAGAUCCUUCAGGAACUGUCUCCAGCUCUUUUCACAUUAAUGAAGAGUACGGAACCAUUCUUGAACGAAUACUACCUCACUGAUCUGGAAGAAAGAUUGAGAGAAGCUGGCUUUGUCAAUAUGAAAACAUUGCUUACUGAUCCCAGGCACAUGACCAUGACUGCAACCGUGCCUCAUCAGAAUGUUUGAGUAUUUUCCAUUGAGAAGGAAAGCAUUUAUGAGUUCAAACUUCGAACCGAAAACCUUUGAAGACCUUUCUAGUGUCAUCAUGAAUUUUAGUCUCAUUGGGAGACUCUACUGUGAAGAAAUUGAGGGUGUGGUGAAGACCAAAUGAUGUUCAGGUUUCUUUUUUUUCUGAUGUUCAGUACUGGGUAACCACACAAAGAAUGAUAGCUAACUAGUUACACCAUAAGAAAUCCAUUGUUUUAGCUGUAUAACUUGCUUAAAAUAUGAAAUGCUUUAAAAUGGUUGGAGAUUUACUCUGACCUUGUUUUGA